AUGACGCCGUUCGCGCUGCCACCGCACACCCGGCCCUUCCGACAGCCUAUGACGCCGCGAUGGAGACGUCGCCAGCCUGGCGCUGCAACAGCCUGGCGCUACAAGCCAGCUGCGCCCGCGCUACCAUUGGCCUCGUCCCUGCGGGUCCCGACACAGUCAGCGAGGAAAACUAGAUAUACGAGGUGCCCCCCCAAGGCCAACGUCGUACCCAAUACGCCCUCGCACCGCCGUCGUACUCGAUCAAUACAAUACGCCCGGAGCGGUGGGUACGAGCAGCCGGGCAUCGCCGCUGCACCAAAACUAGCGAUUGUGCAGCGGUGCGCGCGGGCGGCACGGGUGGGUGCUGGUCCGUGGCCGUCGGGUGCUGGUUUGCGAGCGCAUGGUACCGGGGGCGCGGGUUUGCUGGCUGCUUCUGCCACAGGGUAUGCGAAUCCAUCGCCAGGUGGUUGUGAGGCAUUGUUCCUACACUUGCCACGCUCGUUGGUGCUAGUGUGCUGGUGUUUCUGA